AAAGUGUAGUAUACAUGCGUAGGUAUAGGAGUGGUCACACACACACGCAUUCUUUCAAACGCACACGUAUAUAAUAAUAGCGUCCGAUAUUUAGUGUUUGAAAACGAAAAAUGAUAAUAGCAGAAGUCGUUUAAAAGAAAAGUUCCUGUAUAAUAUAAGAUAAGUGCUCCCCGAAAAGAAGAGUAGGUACUUAAUCGGAUUAUAUAAUAUAAUAAUAAUUGUAACUGUAUGUCCAGGUCAGACUGUCAGAUUGAAUACUCUAUUAGCUGUUUAUAAAAAAAUAAAGUUUUUAAACAACAGACUUACCCCCUGGUAUUUAUAGGGUUUAAAGGUAUUAACUGCAUUAGGUACAUCAUUUCUUAUUGCGUUCAAUAGUAGUGUCAUAUUUUUCACUUGGCAGAUAUGCCUGAUAUGAUUAUUUGAAAUUCCAAAAUCUUAUUGUUUUUUACGGCAUAGGAAAACUAAAUACCGAUAGAUAUAAAGUCUUUAUUCUGGUAAUAUUGUAUACUACCUACGUAUAAUUUGCGGAGAUUUCCUCCCUUCAGAAUAAUAUAGAUCUUGGAACCGAAUUCUAGGGGACUCUGAUAAACUCUGAGCAAAAAUGUUAUGUAUAUGUGCAAAGUGUCGUGACAUAUUCCAUUAAUCCGAUUUAACUGUUUAUAACGAUUUGUAACUUUUAUGUUGAAAUUUACCAAUAAUAAUUUGUAAAUCGCGGUUUGGUAUUUAUAACGUCGAGAAUUUAUUCAAUCCAUGAACGUCGCGAGUACCCCGGUUGUCGUCAUAUCUAACAGUAUCUAUACAAAGUAUACCUAUAAAAGAAAUCGUACUAUACAAUUUUUCAUUACGAGAUCUCGGUUUUGGGUGGGGGUGCCCCCAAGGGCGCCAAAAGGACCGACCCUUAUGAUAACAAUAUGUUAAAAAAAAAAAAAAAAACCUUCGUGGAACCGAUUUAAGGCAUUGCGGACUAUUAGGUCCUAUCUCACAAAAUAAUGUGCACAGUCGACGUGAUAUGGCACAACCCGACGGUAAAAUAAUGGUAUGUAGUAGGAGCUAUAGCUGUGGCGGCGGCGGCGGCAGCAGCAGCAGUAAUAGUAAUAGUUGUAGUAGUGGUAGUAGUAGUAGUAGAAGUGGUAGUAGUAGUAGAAGUGGUAGUAGUAUUAGUAGUAGUAGUAGGAGGCCGGGCCGGACCGUCGCUGCCGCCGCCGCCGCUGACGACGACGUCGGCGGCGGCCCGUAACAAUGGCCGGGGCGCAUGCCUGCGGACCGUCUCGGCGGCGGUUCUUUGUUUUCCAACCUUUUGAUUCGCCCGAGACAAAAGGUGUGGGCCACCCCACCGCGCCGCGCGCGACACACCGCGCCUUCUGCGCGGCGGGGGCGUGCGGCGUACGUACGGAAAAUCGCCACCACCGGCAACGGCGGCGCCCGAAACGUCCGUCACACACUCACACAAGCGCGCGCGCACACACACACGCAUACACGAGCACGCGCGCGCGCGCGCCCAGCACCACUAAACCCCAUCGUCGGCGGCAACAGCAGCACCCGCAGCCGCCCGAACGUCCACCCGCCCGCCGCCAACCGCCCUCCGACGGACGCGACGACGACGACGACGACGACGACGACGACGACGACGACGACGAGUACGACGACUACGACGACGCCGCCGCCGCCGCGGGAAGGCGAAUUGUUCAGUCAGUCAGUCAGUCGGUGUACGUCGCGCGUCUACGGUGUGCUCAAACGUAUUACGCGCGCCAGUACGUCCCGCGGCCGAUCGCUCGCUCGCUCGCUCGCCAGCUCGUCCGAAAUUGUACGCACCUCUCUCUCGCUCCCCCGUAAUUCCCACUAUCGUAAUUCGACGACGGUCGAACCGCGUUUAAUCGUUUUUUCUCUAUCUCUCUCCCACCCUCGAUCGGAGCUAUCAGUCCGUCGCGCGUCCGUAGACCGCGAGCCGCCCACGCGCCGGCGACUUUUUUCCCGCCCUCCCCGUGGGUUUUUUUGGCGAACAAUUUUUUCCGAAUUUUUUGCCAUCUCGCGCGCGUUAUGACGACCGUCCGCCGUCGAUGAACAAUUAUUGUUUUUUUUUUUCGACAAUUAUUCGCGUCAUUUCAUACUCAUCUUCCAAUGGCUCUGCCGGCCGGUGUCGUCUGUUCCGUUCACAAUAGUUACUACGUGUAAUGUCAUCGAAACGUAAAUCGCCGCCGUCCAAGUUGCUGGAGAACGCCACGAGCGCACCUGACACGACAACGACGGCCGAGACAACGGUUGCAACCACGACCGCGGUCGAAGAGAACGGUAACGGCAGCAGUAGCGGUCACUCGGACGACGGUCACGCCUGCGGUAACGGUACCGAAGUCGUCGACAACUGCAUCGAAACGACCAUGGAAACGGCCACGGCCACGGCGGCAGCCGUUCAGACGACGGACAGGAGCUGCGGCAGCCCGGCGGUGGCCAACAGCCCUCCGCCGUCGUCGGCGGCUACUCGGCCUGCCAGCAGCAGUGGCGGCACGUCGCCCUCGCCGUCUUCGGACAGUGAGAACAGCAGCAGCGGCGGCGGCCGGUACGCUUCCGGUUCGUCUCCCGUAGGCGGCACCGGUGGCCGACAGUCGUCCAACAACAACAACAACAACAACUACAACAACAGCAACAAACGCCAGCGCACCGAAAGCCCCUCGUCCGCAGCGGGGUCUGCUGCGGCCGCGGCCGCUGUGGCCGCUCUCAGGGCGUCGCCGUUCGCCGCGUACGCCCGACAACACAACACAGGAUCGCCGCCCCAACACCAGACGUCCGCACAUCCACCGCCGCACAUCGCGUCGUUCUUGUCGCUUAACCAUGGCGCCGCAUUCUACGAGACGGCCGUCGCCGCGGCAGCGUACGAACGGGCGUUCAUGAACGCCGGCGGCCAUCACGUCCAGCAACAGCAACAGCAACAGCAACAACAGCAACAGCAACAACAGUACCAUCACAUGAUGGACAGCGUUCAGGCGGCGGCGGUGGCCGCCGCUGCGGCCGCCGGUUCGUCGUAUUUCGACAUCGAACAGCGUCUACUCCGCGGCAAGGGCGUGGGCGCCGACGAUGCCGACAAACUCGCUCAUCUCAUGCACCUGAACAACAACACGUUCAUGCACAACCACAACAACAACAACAACAAUAACAACAACAACAACGUGAUGUCCCCAAUCGGUGGACCGGCCGCGGCCAAGCGAACCAUGGACGACGUGCUCAAGAAACUCUCGUCGAAAACGCUCUUCAGAGAUGAUCACGGUGUCGCGGCGUCCGCCCGUUCCGAUUCGCCUCCGCACAAGACCAGUAAAUCGGACACUCUGACGGAACACGGCGAAGAUCCUUCAGGUGGUCUACCCGGCAUGGAUAUACUGCAAAACUUGCAGGGCGAUACCACUACGAUAGUCGAAAAAGAACGCAAACUGUCGGAAAUGAUAUUGCAAUUGCAAUUAUUUCGGGAACAACUGCUUAACCAACAAGAUCAUCCGAACAAGUUCAACCACCUGAAAGGGAUGCCGAGCCUUCAGAACCCUCAGUCGCUGUUCUUCCUGCCGUUAUUGGACCAACUGCGCGGCCUGUCGCACUGUUCCAACGCGGCCGCGCUGGCCGGUCAACAACAACAGCAGACCUCCACCACGACGGCGUCCACCAAUUGCAACGUCAUGCCGACAGCCGUGUGGGCCAACAACGGCCGACCGCCGUCGACGUCGUCGGCCAGUCAGUGUUCCAUGCAACUGCAACAGGAACAGCAACAGACGCCGCCGCCUGCUCAGGCGCAGCAGCAACAGCAGCUGCGACACCGGACGACGGCCGCCGACCCGGACGCGCCGCUGAACCUGACAAAGCGAAAGUCGCCCACGCCGCAACCGCAUCCUCCGUCGUCGACGACGCCGCAAAACCACCACCAACAGCAGCAGCAGCAACAACAACAGCAGCAGCAGCAGCAACAGCAACAGCAACAGCAGCAACACCAUCAUCUCCAGCAGCAGCAACAGCAUCAACAACAGUUGCAACACCAACUGCAACAACAGGCCAACAACAUGUUCCCGCCGGGCGGCGCCGGAUGGAACUCGUCUUCGUCUUCGCCGCCGGCCACCACGCCGGGCACUGCCAACAGGCGGUCCGGUUCCGGCCAGGGUCUGGUCAGUCCACCGGCCGCGGCCACGCCGAAACUCCUGCCGCCGCCCAUUCCGGUGUCCAGGGGAUUCAUGCCGUACGCCAGCAUACCACAGCAUGCUCCUCCGCUGCUACGCUCGAGACCCGUAAAACGAAGCCUAUCGCCCAGCGCGGAAACGAUGGCGCCGUACUCGAGAUUCCAAGGGUAUCCGCCUCAGCUCAUCAGGGACGAUCAUUCCGUAGACAUGGAUAUAUCUUGGAGACCCAGCGAUCCAAAUUUCAAUAUUGACGACACUGCAACUGACAAAGGUCACAUGAUACGGCAGCAGAAGAAGGACGGCGAGCACAUAAAGAGACCUAUGAACGCGUUCAUGGUUUGGGCCAAAGACGAGAGGCGAAAGAUCUUGAAAGCCUGUCCCGACAUGCACAAUUCGAACAUUUCGAAAAUAUUAGGUGGCAGGUGGAAGGCAAUGUCGAACGCGGACAAGCAGCCGUACUACGAGGAACAGUCCAGGCUGUCCAAGUUGCACAUGGAAAAGCACCCGGACUACCGGUAUCGGCCCAGGCCGAAGCGGACGUGCAUCGUGGACGGCAAAAAGAUGCGGAUAUCCGAGUACAAGACGCUGAUGCGGCAGCGGCGGAACGAGAUGCGGCAGUUGUGGUACAGGGGCGAGGAGUCCGGUCCUUCCGGUUCCGGGCUGGACGGCGUGGCCGAGCCGGACGUGGCCGGCACCAGUUUCAGAUUUCCGGCCGACGGGUCCGUGUCGCCGAUCGUGAUGUACUCGAUGGCCAACUCGCCGGCCAACUCGCAGGCCAACUCGCCGUCGUUCAGCGUCGACAGUCACGACGAGGACUAGGCGCCGGCGGUGCAGUAAUCGUCGCCAUCGCUCUCCCGGUGCAGUGCACACGCCAUCGCUCGCCCGGCACAGUGCACCCGCUAUGUCGUGCCUGCCGACAAAAGCUUUGUGUACGAGUCAACCACUAUUCCUCCACGCCACGUCCACGACGACCGGCGAAACAGGCCAGUACCCCACGACUACCAACAGUACCUGUAUUACACUAUUUAUAUAUUUUAUUUAUAGUGCAGCGUUAGUAGACAUGGAAAUAGUCAAAAGUAAACCCCCUCCUCCUCGUGUGUAUGAACCACUUUUUUUUUUUUAAUUAUACCGUGUACAGAAAAUUGUAUAAAUUAUUACUAUUAUUAUGAUUUUUUUUAAUUACAUGAUUUUAUUAUUAUAUAGUUAAACGUAUAUAAAAGCCGAGAAAAAAAUUCGAAAAAAAAAACAGAAUUAUAUCGCGUUCAUGAUAUUAUUAUGUGUUACAUAUAUUUUAGCGUUUAAGAUUCGAGUGUAUACAAUAUUAUUAUUAUUAUUAUUAUCAUCAUUAUUAUUAUUAUUAUUAUUAUUAUUAUUAUUAUAUAUUAUUUUAUACAUAUUAUAUUAUAUAUAGAUAUUAUGAAAUAUUGAACAUGUAGCUGGAUUUCUUUCGCAACUGUAUUAUAAUAUAAUAUAGGUAGGUACGUUAAUUAUACAUUUUGUACAAACAUAAAUUAGUUCAAUAACAUAAUAUAUUAUUAUGAUAUCGAUUAUGAUUAAUCGAAAAAUCAUGUGAAAUUCCAAAAAAAAAAAAAAAUAAACAAAAAACAAAACAAAAAAAAAAAACGUCGUCUUAUAUACGCCGGUCGUGCCGGCGUGUCGCGUGUUUGCGUGCGUGUGUAUAAAAAUAUGAUAAAUUUUUUUUUUGUGAUAACGUUUCAUUACCUCGUCCGUGAGUCGUAGACGCAGUAUAUAGGUACAUAACCUGUAUGUGUAUAUAUUAUAAUUUGAUAAAUUUGUCGCGUGCGUGGGCGAAUCGCACCCAAUACCUGCGAUCGCCUCUACGUAUUUAUAAACCAUUAAAUGGCGAUUUCGCGAGUAGGUCAUAAUACAUCUUUACAUUAUUAUUCCACAAAAAUGACGCGUCGCGCACGACGGCGGAUCGAGCGGCGCGGCGACACGGCGUAAUAAUUAUUUAAUGUAGUGAAUUGCAAUAAUCAUAUACUGUCAUCGUAAUAUUACAUUGUAUAAUAUAUAUAUAUAUAUAUAUAUACUUACGUACUUCAUUUGAGGUUCGCUCAGACCGAAGCGGUAGAAGGUAGUGCAAACGUGCAGAGCGCGUAAUAUUAUUACGAUGAUUGUUACUUUGUGUUUUAUUUUUAUUCGCUCGGCCUAUGGGACGACAGACGUGCUUGUACCUAUAUACGAUAUAAUAAUAAUAACUAAUAGUGUAUGUGACAUAUAUUAUAUAUUAUAUAGUACAUACUUAUACUUACGUAGUUUUUCGGUACACACGAGUACGGCUGGUCGGCGUCGUCGGCUUUAUGAUCUCUGUUUUUAUCAUUAUAUGUUUUAUCAAUAAUAAUUGUAUAUCGUGUUUGUAUAAACAAUAAUUAGUUUUUUUUUUUUUUGUAAAUGUAACCGUUUUUUUUUCCACCAUUCAUGUCUUGUAAAUAAUAUAUAUAAGUCUUGAUUCGUUCGAAAAAUCGGACACUUUUUAACACGCGUCGUUCGGAAGACCACCUGUACCUGCGUACAUAAUAUAUCUAUACAUAUAAUAAUGUUGUGCAUCAAGAUAUCGAAAUAAUAAUAAUAUGUAAUAUAAUCAAUAAUCAUCGUGUUCUUACAACACAAUAUAUUAUAACGGUGUACCUGUAUACUUAUAAUAUGUGUAUCUUAUAUUAUGUAUUAUAUUAUGCAUAAUAUGUUGUACGCAUAAAAACAAUUAAGUAGAUAGAUUAUAAUAAUGUUGUAAUAAUAAUAAUAUUUAGGUGGGUAGGUUGAAAUGAAUUUCGCUAUUUAUCUUCUCCGCAGACGCAUCGUCUCCGUAUGUUAGGCGCAACUGGGGUUAAAACUCUGGGAGGGGGGGGAGAGAGGAGCUAACAAAACUAUUUAUUGAAAAUAACCCACAGGAGGCUUAUAUCUUAAUCAAUAAGGGUUAUUUUUUUUGGGGGGGGGGGGGCUAAAUCUUAGUCAGAGGGGCUAACCCUCUAGCCGCCCCCUCUAGUUGCGCCGAUGAUCGUCUCACGAUUCCAUCACAGCGAACCCCCGAGAUCAUCAGGUUCGGUCGUCGGAGCUUAUUUUUACGUAAUAUUAUAUUAUACUCCCGCGGCGACAAACGUUUGUUUUUUUUGUUUUUUUGUUUGUUUUUUUCAGUAUACCCUCCCAUCGGAUAUAGGUAUAUUUGAUUUUUUAUUUGAUUUAUAUAAUAUAUUAUAAUAUAAUAUCUUACUGCAGUAUUAUGAUUAUUAUCAAGUCAUAAUAUUAUUUGAAUACGAAAUAAUAUGUUUUGAUAUUAUAUAUUAUUAUUACAAAAGUCUGUUUUACUUUUUAUUAUUAUUAUUAUUAUUAUUAUGAUUAUUAUUAUUUUGACGCGUAGAUACGGAAUAUUUUUUUGUAUUGUAAAAUUUUAACGAGCGAUAUCGUAGACAGAUUGUUAUAAUAUGAUAUUGUGUACAGAAACAAAAAUUUUAAAAUACAUAUUAAUAAUAAUAAUUUAAACUGUAAAAAAAUUGUACGACCGACGUACGGUCGAACGCGCGACGGAACAAAAUUCGUCGGAAAGUUAAAAUCAACUGUUGUACAAUUUUCCUUUUUAUUAGCUAAAUGGUGUCGUCGAUUUGUGUACAGUAAUUAUAUUAUAAUAAUAUAUGUUUAUAAUAAUUAUUAUGAAUAAACGUACGUAUACAUACAUAACAUUAUAAUAUAAUAUAUUAUUAUUAUAUACCUAUAUAUAAUAUGAAGUAUUUUAUAAUCCCGUGUGUUGUACCAUGUAAUAGUGUGUGUGUGUGUAUACAAUUUAGGUAGAUAGUUAUUUAUUUUGUUUCUUUUAUUGUCUGAAUUAUUAUAAUAAAAACAUAUUAUAAUUAUAUUA